AUGGACAUCGGUGGCUUGGAGACGGUGGUGGCCAACUCGGCCUACGUGUCGGCCCGUGGCAGCCUGGACGGAAACGCUGCCGCCACCAUGCGCGACAAGAAGAUGCGCGCCAGGCUGAAGCUGCCCCACAUCAAGCAGUGCGAGCACAUGAAGGACGCGGUGGACUCGGCCUUCGACAGCAUGUGCAUCAAGCAGCCCAUCGGCAAGCGCCUCUUCCAGCAGUACCUGGAGAGCGAGCCCACCCACAAGACAGCCGGCGAGCUGUGGAAAGACACGGAGGACUACAACACGGCCCAUGAGACGGACCGGCUGCAGAAGGCCCAGAAGAUGGUCAACAAGUACUACGACUCCGCCUCCAAGUCCUUCUGCAGCUUCCUGGAGGAGAAGGCCGUCAGCCGCGUGAAGGAGGACUACAAGAACGUCAGGGGGGACCUGUUCAAGGAGAGUGAACAGCAGCUGCUGAUGCACCUGGAGGCUGACGCCCUGGGCGGCUUCAAGAACAGCAUGUACUUCCUGCGCUAUGUGCAGUUCAAGUGGCUGGAGGGCCAGUCCGUCACAGAGGAGUGGUUCAUGGACUUCCGGGUGCUGGGGAAAGGGGGGUUUGGGGAGGUUCAUGCCUGCCAGAUGAAGGCCACAGGCAAAAUGUAUGCUAACAAGAAGCUGAAUAAGAAAAGGCUGAAGAAACGCAAGGGCUAUGAGGGUGCCAUUGUGGAGAAGCGAAUUCUGGCAAAGGUGCACAGCCGCUUCAUCGUGACGCUAGCAUACGCCUUCCAAACCAAACAGGACCUCUGCCUGGUGAUGACUAUCAUGAAUGGAGGAGACCUCAGGUAUCACAUUUACAAUGUGGAUGAGAAGAAUCCUGGCUUCAAUGAGCCAAGAGCAUGCUUCUACACAGCCCAGAUCAUCUGUGGUCUGGAGCACCUCCACCAGCACAGGAUCAUCUACAGGGACCUGAAGCCUGAGAACGUUCUGUUGGAUGACGCAGGACACGUGCGGCUCUCUGACCUGGGUCUUGCUGUGGAACUGCCGCCAGAUAAGGACAAGACAAAAGGAUAUGCAGGCACACCAGGCUUCAUGGCUCCGGAGCUGCUGCAAAGCAAGGAGUACGAUUACACUGUGGACUACUUCACCCUGGGGGUGACUCUCUACGAGAUGAUUGCUGCUAAGGGCCCUUUUAGGAAUCGGGGAGAACAGGUGGAAAACACUGAGGUUACCCGGCGAAUCCUGUCUGAUCCUGUAUCAUAUCCGGACAACUUCAGCACCGACUGCAAAGCUAUAUGUGAGGGCUUGAUGGAGAAGGAUCCCCUGAAACGUCUCGGGUUCAAGAAGAACUGCUGUGAUGAGCUAAAAAACCAGCCCUUCUUCAAAGAGCUCAACUGGGGCCGACUAGAAGCAGGCAUGCUGACACCCCCCUUCGUUCCUGACCCCAAGACGGUGUACGCAAAGGACAUCGGUGACGUGGGCGCCUUCAGCACCAUCAAAGGGGUGGUGAUGGACGACAAGGACACGGAAUUCUUCCAAGACUUUGCGUCCGGGAACAUCCCCAUUCCUUGGCAGGAGGAGAUGAUCGAGACCGGCGUGUUUGGCGAGCUCAACAUCUGGCCGGAGAACGGGAAGCUGCCCGAUGACCUUGACCCUAACUUUGUGCCCCCGGCUGAGUCCAAGGGUGGAGCCUGCGUGCUGCUCUGA